UUCACGCACGCCAGUAGGCUUCGCAAAGGUUUGGGUGAGAGACGCGCGUAUCGACAUUUCCUAUCGCGACGCUCGUGGCAAGCUCCUUGUGCAUCGCGCCCACGCUGAUGGCCCCGCGCCGAGCCCACGGGAUGGACGUCGUCGGUUUCGAAGGUGGUUCGGGCUACACCAGGUGCUGUGUGCCUUCGGGCGACUGUCUCCGGGCCCAGCAACAAUUCGGCACCAAUCCCGGCGAGGACCCGAUGGCCAUAGCCCUAGACGACCUCCGCGAUACCGUCAGGGUAACAUGCAAUAAUGAACUUUGCACGGCGGGAAGAUAUAUGCAUCGCGAGUGUUUCGAACAGUGGGAACAAACAGUUUUGGCCUACCUUAAGACAUGCGGUCGCGCAAGAUCUUGGUCUGAAAGGCAACGCCAUCAAAACUUGUGGACCAAAAAAGGCUAUGAUCUCGCUUAUAAAGCUUGUGGUUGCAAGUGUGGACGUGGACAUCUUAAAAAAGAUCUCGAUUGGAUGCCUCCUCCGCCGACCUCUAAUAUAUUCGGUCGCAUCGAGGAAAUGGACGGCCUAAAUUCCAAAAAGAAAAAGAGACGCAAUCGCAACUCAAAGCCUUCGUUAACAAUAGCUUCGGUUGGUCCUCUUAUCGACAGCAGAACUAGAACCGGAAGCCUCUCAUGCUCAAGCUCUGGCAGCAGUUCGCCGCCUGCUUCGUCAUCUGAACCCAGCGUAUCCCCAGUCCACGGUUCCCAUUUAAAGAAAAAGAGCAAGAUUGAUUUCCCGGAAAGAAUUCGGCUGACUGGUGGAGCUAAUGGAAUUUUUACUCGUCGUCUAGACUUCAGUUCAUUCAACACACUCCCAAAGAAUAAAUUAAAUUCUUAUCAAAUUAAGACUGAGGAUGAGGGCAACCACGGAAAUGACGACACUCGUUGUUUUAUACUAUCCACUCUGGCAUCGCAAGGAAGACCAAAAGUUCAUUGCAUUUUGUGUGAAGAACAACUACUAGUUUUUGAUCGUUACCCUCUAAUUGAUGGCACUUUCUUUCUUAGUCCAAGACAACAUGCAAAGUCAUGCAUUGAGGUAAAAGUGGAAGGUCGUACCCAAUUCUUAACAGUUGUAUGUAUGGCAUGCCUCGAAGGAGUCAACGGACGUACCAUUUUAUGUCGAUUCUGCAAUCAAAAAUGGGACGGUUCUUCUCUAAUUUUGGGCAGUAUGUACUCCUACGAUAUAUUUGCCGCCAUGCCGUGCUGCACAGAGAGAAUUAAGUGUAAUUCAUGCUACAAGCCCGUGCUUCAUCCAUCCCAACGUCUAAACUUCUUCAGUGACUAUAGUCACAUGGUUCCGUGUCCACAUUGCCGUACAUUGGACACCCACUUUGUAAAGCCGCUGAGUUUCUGCUUUACCCGCCAUAUGUCACAGUCGUCGAUUCUGUGGCCAUAGCAUGCGGUUUCCCGCGGAAUUAAGCCGCACUCGCCGUUAGCUCCACCAGGUCCAUCUCAGUCAAACAUAAGUUCUGGACUCAUAAGUCCUCCGAAUCAGUCCGUUAAUUUAUUUGGCUAUAAUAAUAACAACUAUAACAAUGCCCCGGGAAAGGCAAUAACGCCGCCGAGAAAUACCUAUACUCCUACUAGGAGCAGCGAAUCACCACCGGCCACUAGUUAUGACUGUUCGUCUAAUUCCAUGGACUUAGAUCUUGGCUUGCUAUGGAGAGAAUUGGCUGGAUUGCGCCUAAAUGAGUUCUGUCAAUUGCAAUUGACUAGGACUCGUUAAUUUUCUUAAUUAACAUGAAAAUUUAGCUUUAGUUUAUUUGUUACUUUGUUACCUUUUUAGCCACAUUUAUUUUUGAUGUUUAGAAAAUACCGUAAAGGUAGAAUACUUGCCCAUACGUUAUGUAUAUCCACUUAAUUGGAAAUAUAUUUAUAAAGGCAAUUUCUUUACUCCUUAGUUAUUUGUUUACUAUGAAAUCGUUAUGUUAUUUGUUUAUUACAAUUAUAUAUUUGUUAGUUUUUAGUAGGUAUUCAUUUUAAGUCCUCUAAACGUGACAUGUGAAGCAACUAUUGUGAUGAUAUAGCUAUAUUUUAAGAUUAAAGUCGAUAUUACUGCAUGUACCAUAAGUAACUAAUAAUUGCUUAAAUGGUUGUGUACGUACGAGAAUCAUUUUCUAAGAAUUCAAGCAAUCUCUUUCGGUAAUAUACAUUUUUAGAAAUAAAUGACAAUGUAUCGGAUUUAAAUAGAGUAAGUUUAUAGCUUAUACUUCGGUAAAUUUAAGAUUUUGAUAAUGUAGAUUUAGACAUAAGUAAACACUGGAACUUGGUGGUUAAUCUAAAUAUUUUUUUGUAAACGAUUUACGUAAUUGACAAAGGAACUUAAUGAAGUUUUUACCAGAGGUCCGUUUUUAAGUUUUUAUAUUUAGUUAAAAUAUGAUUUAAGUACUAGUUUUUAGGAAAUUAAAACAGCAAAGUGCCCUAAAUUAAAAGGAAAACGGAAAACGUCACUUCAUAAUACUCUUAUAAAUUCCGUCAAUAUGUUUUAAUGUAAAAUUAUUAUUUAGUUGGA